AUGAAAACAACUACAAGCGAAUUCAACGAAAAAACAUCUCUUUUUACAACAUUAACUGAAAAAGAUGAUGAUGAUAAAUUGAGUGUCUUCGAUCUACAAAAAACAAUUGAAUGUUGUGAAAAUAAAUCUAAUGAUAGUAUAUGUCCAAUUUUAACAUUACCUGACAUAAUUCAAGCAUUAAAUACAAUAGAAAUUCACCAAAAUUUAUCUCGAAAAAGAACAAGGUCUUCUGAUAGUGAUUCAUCAGCAAUGUUACACGAACAAAAAAUUCAAUCAACUAUUGAAUAUAAUUGUUGUCGUCUCGUUCGUCCCGAUCAAUCCUCUCGCUUAUUAUUACCAUUAGCACGUCGUGGUCGACCACAUAUAUCAUCACGAUCUCCACGAUUCUUAUGUGAAAAUUGUUUAAAAAUUAAAGGACAACAACAAAAUGCUAUUCUUCAAAAAAAACAAAAAAUUCAUCAUCACGAUGAAACAAAUUCAAUGAAUAUAUUUGAUACAAUAACAGAUUUAGAUAAAACAAUUGAACAAGAAAAUAAACAUCAAAUGAUGAUAGAAGAUUUUCCACAUGAAAUUGAAUUUUCCUUAAUAAAUGAUGAUGAAAAUAUUCAUACAAAUCAUUCAGAAUAUGAAUCAGCUCAAAUGCUUGUUUGGAAAAUUAAUACACCAGAUAAUCAUAAUCAAACAAAUACAAUUGAUGCGUCUUAUGACACUGGUUCAUUAACAAAUAAUGAAAAAAAAAAUUUACUUCAAGAAGCUAUACAAAAGUUACAAAUUGUACUAAGCAAUCGUUCAACGGCAGCAACAACAACGAUACCAGAUAUUGAUUUAGAUAAAAUUGAAUUUACUUAUCGGGCUUUACAAACAACAGUUAAUAUUCUUUCAUCAUCACUUGAUUCACUAUGA